CUUCAUGUUAACGUCUUGUCACUAUCUGUCAGUCAGUUUCCCUCCUGGAGAGCUGUUGAUGCUGCAGAUGACAUUAUUCUUGAUAAGUGUAUUUUUCUUAAUAUAUUUUAUCUUUUUCUGUCUCUCAGUUGCCGUCACAAACAGUGGAGGACAGAUCUUUCUGCAUCCAGUGUGGUUAUCACUUUCCACAACGAGGCCCGUUCAGCCCUGCUGCGCACUGUGGUCAGUGUGUUGAAGAAGAGUCCUCCUCAUCUGGUCAAAGAGAUCAUAUUGGUGGAUGACUACAGUGACAACGCUGAAGAUGGUGCUUUACUUGGGAAAAUCGAGAAAGUCAGAGUGCUACGGAACGAUCGUCGAGAGGGUUUGAUGCGAUCCCGAGUCAGAGGGGCAGAUGCGGCCACAGCCAGUGUACUAACCUUCCUUGACAGCCACUGCGAGUGUAACGAACACUGGUUGGAGCCCCUGCUAGAAAGGGUUGCUGAGGAUAAGACUCGGGUCGUGUCACCCAUCAUAGAUGUCAUCAACAUGGACAAUUUCCAGUAUGUGGGCGCAUCUGCAGAUCUUAAAGGAGGUUUUGAUUGGAAUCUAGUUUUUAAAUGGGACUACAUGACCCUGGAACAAAGACGAGCACGGCAAGGAAACCCCACUGCUCCUAUCAAGACUCCCAUGAUUGCCGGUGGCCUCUUUGUAAUGGAUAAGGACUACUUUGAGGAGCUGGGAAAGUACGACAUGAUGAUGGACGUGUGGGGCGGUGAGAAUCUUGAGAUCUCGUUCCGGGUCUGGCAGUGUGGAGGGAGUCUGGAGAUCAUUCCCUGCAGUCGAGUCGGUCAUGUCUUCAGGAAACAGCAUCCAUACACUUUCCCAGGGGGCAGCGGAACUGUUUUUGCCAGGAACACAAGGCGAGCGGCAGAGGUUUGGAUGGAUGAUUUUAAGAACUUCUACUACGCUGCUGUGCCCUCAGCCCGUAAUGUACCCUAUGGCAACAUUCAGAGCAGGCUGGAAAUGAAGAAGAGGUUGGGCUGCAAACCAUUUAAAUGGUACCUGGAGAACGUCUAUCCUGAGCUACGGGUCCCUGAUCAUCAGGACAUAGCCUUUGGAGCAUUACAACAGGGUCAGAACUGUCUGGACACACUGGGACACUUUGCUGAUGGUGUGGUGGGGGUGUACGAGUGCCACAACGCAGGGGGCAAUCAGGAAUGGGCCCUGACUAAAGACAAAUCAGUCAAACACAUGGACCUGUGCCUGACGGUGGUGGAUCGCACCGCUGGCUCACAGAUCAAACUGCAGGGCUGCAGGGAGAACGACAGCAGACAGAAAUGGGAGCAGAUCGACAACAACUCCAAACUGCGGCAUGUGGGCAGCAAUCUGUGCUUGGACAGCCGGAGCGCGCGGAGCGGCGGCCUGACGGUGGAGGUGUGCAGCCCGUCGCUCACCCAGCAGUGGAAGUUCACUCUCAACCUCCAGCCGUAGCUUGUCACGCCAAUCUCAGCCCUCCCAUUCUCGCCCUCGGACAGCCCGUGCUGGGCAUGCACUCGCCCCUCAGAGAUAAUCGCUGCCCGUAUACAGACUCAGGGCCGCCACGAUGCGGUUCAGUGGUCCUCGAGGGCCACGGGGCAAUGAAAACACAAACAAGAUGAUGAAUAUUUCCAUCUAACUAUAUACCUCACUGUUUCAUCUGUUGUCCAGUUCUUGGAAGUGAAUCUUAAGUGUCUAAACUUUAUCGAAACCGAUUUGGGAUUUUUUUUUUCUUUCUUGUUUUCCGAUGCAAAGGAUCUGUUUUUCUUCUUUCCUAAUUUUCACCUUUUCAUGUCUCAUUUUCUUGAAUUCCAGGAUUUUUUUUUUUUUACUACAAUGGACAUCUUUUGUUGUUUUAUUUUUUUAAGUCACGUUACCAAAAUUGUUGAAUGUAAACGACAUGUUGUACGGAGGCUCCCUUCAUGCGCUGUGAUUGGACUGGAUUCUAGUUUGGGUUUGGUUUAAUUUCUGAGCUCAUGGGAUUGAGGGGAGGGCUCGUUUUUUGUGUGCACCAUCUCUUAGACUGUGGAGGACAGCAGCAGCCUUGUUUUUUCGGCUCGCGGUGCUCAUGCAAAAAGAGCAGG